ACCGCGGUGGCUGAGGCGGUUCCGCUGACUGCUGUGUACGCGGCGAGCGAGUCCCGGCGCGGCCCGCUCGGCUCCGCAGCGCCGCAGGCCCGGGCCCCGACCCCCGUGCGGCCCGAACAUGGACUCCGCAGGCCAAGAUAUCAACCUGAAUUCUCCUAACAAAGGUCUGCUGUCCGACUCCAUGACAGAUGUCCCUGUCGACACAACGGUGGCUGCCCAGACUCCUGCUGUUGAGGGUCUGACUGAGGCUGAGGAGGAGGAGCUUAGGGCUGAGCUUGCAAAGGUGGAAGAGGAAAUUGUCACUCUGCGCCAGGUCCUGGCAGCCAAGGAGAGGCACUGUGCAGAGCUGAAAAGGAAGCUGGGCCUCUCUGCCUUGGAGGGCCUGAAGCAGAACCUGUCCAGGAGCUGGCAUGACGUGCAGGUCUCUAACGCCUAUGUGAAAACUUCUGAGAAACUUGGAGAGUGGAAUGAGAAGGUGACCCAGUCAGACCUCUACAAGAAGACUCAAGAGACUCUCUCCCAGGCGGGACAGAAGACGUCGGCUGCCCUGUCCACCGUGGGCUCCGCCAUUAGCAGAAAGCUUGGGGACAUGAGGGCUCGUCCGUUCUCACACUCCUUUAGCAGCUCUUCACUCCGCCACUCGAUAAGUAUGCCGGCCAUGAGGAAUUCUGCCACCUUCAAGUCAUUUGAAGACCGAGUUGGGAACAUAAAGUUUCCCCAGUGACCGCGUUUCACAGUAGCACCACCGGAUAGGACAGUGAUACAGUCAUGGUGGAGAGUGGUGUCAUCCCCACAACGGUCCUUCCUGGGGCUCACCUUCUUCUAGCCCUGCCCCCACCACUGCUCAUCUUUUCUCCGUUUUGAUGACUUGUCAUUGCCAGAAUGUCCUAGGAUUGGAACCGUGUAGCGUGGAGCCUUUGAAGAUUUGCUCUUUCUACACAGCCUAAACCCCUAGAGAUACUGCCAGCCUGUUGCCCGUGUCGGGGAUUUGUUCCUCUUUAUCGCCCGUUGGUGUUGAUGUGGUGUAGACUUUGUAGAGAGCGGAACAGCUGGGGUUCCCAGCAAGGCCUAGGGCGUGCCAGCAUUGUGUGCUCUGUCUCAGGUUUUAUUAUUUUUUUUCUCGAUUUUUUUCUCCCCAUCUGUAGUCUAAGGUUGUAGGUGGCAGAGAGAAUGGCACUGAGAACCUGCCCUCCCUGACCGGGAGUGGCGCCAAGCCCCUGCCUGAUCACACGCCUUUCUAAGCCCAUCCCAGCUUUGCCCGGCCAUGGAGAAGUGCAAGCCCGCCCUCAUCGUCACAGCCGCGACGCUGUAGCGGAGCAGCCCAUCAGACCUCGGGUGGAUGCACCGAGCUGGCUUUGAGGAGGGUCCUGCCAUUCCCAUGUAGACGCGGCUGCUGUGUUCGCAUGAGUUCUACAGAACGCGGUCUUGUACACAGAUGCUUUCCACUGAAGUUGGUCGAUGCAGACCACUGUGCCGUCCUUCCUGGGGUGCAGGGAGUUGACAGGACAGUGGGCCCUUUGGCGGUCUUGUUAGUUCGCGAGAACGUGGAAGGAACGGGAGAGUGAUAAGCAUAAAAUAAGUGGUAUUUCCUCA